AAUACUGCUGCCAUAUCCACCGGGACAACCACCACCACCAUGGCUACACAAGCAGGUACUGCUGUGAACCCCACAACAGUACCUGUCACCCCUGGCACAACAGUGGCAGGUACAGUCGUACCCUCAACUCCUACCACGGCUGCGGCUCCCGUCACCCAGACAACCCAGCCUGCUGCUGCAACAGGAGGCUCUCAAACUAUCUCAGCCGAAUCCGCAAAAACAAAAUGUAAAAACUUUCUGGCAACAUUACUGAAAUUGGCGAAUGAGCAGCGGGCGACUGUGGCACGUAAUGUUCGAAAUCUGAUUCAGGGCCUCAUUGAGGGACGAGUGGAGCCUGAAGUCUUCACUGAGGAGCUUCAGAAAGACCUCAAUUCCUCCCCACAGCCUUGCCUUGUUCCCUUCCUCAAGAAAACUUUGCCGUACCUGCGUGUAUCCCUAGCGCGUGGAGAAUUAACCAUUGAUGGAGUGCGGCCUCCACCAUUAUCCGCAGUCACUCCUGUUACUGGUGUCACCACAGUCAUACCUGCGAUGUCUGUCGCCCGGCCUGGAGCUCCUACAACUUCUGGGACGGUUCGGACUAUUGCACCUGCUGCUGCAACAGCCACAACUGUAGUUCACCGACCAGUCAAUGCAACUUCCACACCUGCCAGAGUUGUGGGGCAGCAACAGGUACAGCAAGUUCGUGUUCAAGGGGGCAAAACUGUGGUAACGACUGUAAGGCAGAAUACAACUGCUGCCAGCAGUCCUGCCAGCACUACUACCAACACAGUACCCACAGCAACCAAAACUAUAACCGUUAAUAAGACAAUUCCUACCAAAGACAAAGAAAAAAGUAACAAAAACCAGCUCUUCACCUAUAGCAGUUCCUAUUCUUCAAGUGGGGUGGCUGACGAUGAUAUCAAUGACGUGGCAGCCAUGGGAGGGGUCAACCUGGGAGAGGAGUCGCAGCGAAUUCUGGAAUCUACUGGAUUUGUGGGGACACAAAUCAGGUCGUGUAAAGACGAAAAUUUCCUUCUUAACACUCCACUGACUCAGAGAAUAAAACAAAUAUGUUCAAAAUAUGGUUUGGAAGAGGCUCCAAAAGAUGUCGUUGCCUUGGUGUCUCAUGCCACACAAGAGAGACUGAAAACUAUUGUUGAAAAAUUAGCUGUCAUUUCGGAACACAGGCUAGAUAUAAUUAAGAGUGACAGUAGAUAUGAAGUGGUGCAAGAUGUAAAAGGUCAGCUUCGUUUCCUAGAAGAGUUGGAUAAGUUGGAGAAGAAGCGCAAAGAGGAACAGGAGAGAGAGAUGCUAAUGCGAGCGGCAAAGUCGCGGAGUAAAUCAGAGGAUCCAGAGACCGCAAAGCUGAAGGCCAAAGCAAAGGAGAUGCAACGUGUAGAAAUGGAGGAAAUGAGACAGCGAGAUGCCAAUCGGACUGCUCUCAAUGCACUUCAGGGCCCCAAGAAGAAACCAAAGUUGGACUUGUCGGCAAUGGAUGACGUGAGUGCUUUUCUUUUGUAUUUUUUAGUGUUCCUUCUUACAAGGACUGAUAAAAAGUUCAUUUAUUUUGGGGAGUUUUUGACAGAUAUUACAUCAUUCACCAUUCUACAUGCCACCAUCCCCUGGUUUUUUUGACAAUGGCACAAACCU